CGCGCCCCCGCGAGUUGCGCGUGACGUAAUACGUAACCUAGGGCGGGCGCACGCAUGGUACGUGGUGGGGGCGGAGCUGGAGCCCGGCCGUAGCGGCGGCAGCACUGGUGGCAUGUGAGGGGCUCUCUUGCCAGGCUCACAGCUCAGGGGCCCUCACAGGGGCAGAGGCACUGUCCCUUUCUGCGAGGACUCCAGCAUGGGUGGAUGCCAGAGGUCUCUGGAACAACACUUGUUACAAGUGGUGGGAGAGGCUCCGAACUAGUGCCUGUGUCCUGGUGGCAAAGACAGUAGCUCCGCACGCGGCAGGCUCCUAGAAAUACUGAUUUUCCAGCGCUCCCUCAAUGCAGGAUCAGGGAUGGACCCCACAUCACCCCUUUGAAGAGACCUUUCCUUCUCUCAACAAGCCAAAGGGAAUUCCUCUGCCUGGCCACGCAGGAGUCACCCUGCAACAAGACUUGUUUGGUGGGCCCCACUGGGAAUCCCCGUUCACACAGCUGCCUUGUUACAGUGCCACUCGCAAACCCUCUAAGAACUCGCCCUCCAUGUUCCAGCUGCUCUGAGCCCCAGAGCCCAAGCUGCUCAGUCUCACCUGACGGUCCUCUCGCCUAGUUCCCUCGCAUUCCUCCUCUCGCCGGCUGCUAGAAAAGGAUGUGAACUUUGGAAUGGAGUCUGUGACCAGCUGGGGACUCGGAGCAUGCAUGGGACUGUUGCUGAGUAGCAGGAGGACUGGCUGAUCGCUGUGGACAGCCCUUCUCUCCUGGCCCCAGGGUCGCAGGGCGCUGGCCUUGCCUGGACCCUCCAUCAUGUUCCUCCUGCUCCCCUUUGACAGCCUGGUUGUUAACCUGCUGGGAAUCUCUCUGACCGUUCUCUUCACACUGCUUCUGGUUUUCAUCAUUGUACCAGCCAUUUUUGGGGUCUCCUUUGGCAUCCGCAGGAUUUACAUGAAAACACUCUUAAAGAUUUUCCGGUGGGCGACGCUGAGGAUAGAGCGUGGUGCCAAGGAGAAGAACCACCCACUGUACAAGCCCUAUGUAAAUGGUAUCAUUGCAAAGGAGCCCACGUCCCUGGAGGAGGAGAUCAAAGAGAUCCGCCGGAGCGGCAGCAGCAAAGCCCUGGACACGCCGGAGUUUGAGCUCUCUGACAUCUUCUACUUCUGCCGCAAGGGCAUCGAGACCAUCAUGGACGACGAGGUGACCAAGCGGUUCUCAGCUGAGGAGCUGGAGUCUUGGAACUUGCUUAGCCGGACUAACUACAACUUCCAGUACAUCAGCCUGCGCCUCACUGUGCUGUGGGGGCUGGGUGUCCUCAUCCGGUACUGCUUCCUGCUACCACUCAGGAUUGCCCUGGCCUUCACAGGCAUCAGCUUGUUGGUGGUUGGCACCACAGUGGUGGGAUAUUUGCCCAAUGGAAGGUGGAAGGAGUUCCUGAGCAAGCACGUUCACCUGAUGUGUUACCGGAUCUGCGUGCGUGCCCUCACCGCCAUCAUCACCUACCAUGACCAGGAAAACAGACCCCAAAAUGGAGGCAUCUGCGUGGCUAAUCACACCUCCCCCAUUGAUGUGAUCAUCCUGGCCAGCGAUGGCUACUACGCUAUGGUGGGUCAGAUCCACGGCGGGCUCAUGGGUGUGAUCCAGAGGGCCGUGGUGAAGGCGUGUCCCCAUGUCUGGUUCGAACGCUCUGAGGUCAAAGAUCGCCACCUUGUGGCUAAAAGGCUGACAGAGCACGUCCAGGACAAGAGCAAACUGCCAAUCCUCAUCUUCCCGGAAGGCACCUGCAUCAACAACACGUCUGUGAUGAUGUUCAAGAAGGGAAGCUUUGAAAUUGGAGCCACAGUCUACCCGGUAGCCAUCAAGUAUGACCCACAGUUCGGAGAUGCCUUUUGGAACAGCAGCAAAUACGGAAUGGUGACCUACCUGCUGAGGAUGAUGACCAGCUGGGCCAUCGUCUGCAGCGUCUGGUACCUGCCCCCCAUGACCAGGCAGCCUGAAGAGGAUGCUGUCCAGUUUGCCAACCGGGUGAAGUCAGCAAUUGCCAGGCAGGGAGGCCUUGUGGAUCUACUAUGGGACGGGGGCCUGAAGAGGGAAAAAGUGAAGGACACGUUCAAGGAGGAGCAGCAGAAACUCUACAGCAAGACGAUCGUUGGCAACCAUGAGGAUCGGAGCCGGUCCUGAGCUCUCUGCCUGCACGCUGUCCUCAGGCCCAUCCGGAGCACUCUGCCUCCAGUGCUGCCCCGGGCCCCUCUGGAGCCGCGUUGUAUCCUGGACCUCAGGCUGCUCCAGAGCUGCUCAGCCCACUCCUCCAUCCUCUGGCUCUGCCCCAGAGACACUUCGCUGCCUGGAGUCUGCAGGCCCUGAGUGGCUGCUGGCAAAGAUGCCUUCUUGUUACUGUUACAGCUCCGCCCGUUGCAGGGCCAGCAUUAAAUGGAACAAUGACA